CCACCAGCAGCAGCACCAGCAGCAGUGGCGGCGGGCAGGAGCGGGACCACUUCGAUACAACGGCGUCUCGUGAUUGUGAGGCACAGGGGACCCCCGCACCUACGAACCUAAUUGGUUCCUGUACAACGGUCGCAAGUCGAGGAUGUCAAAAUGACACCGCCAACACGGCUGAAAAGAAGCUGACGAUCCUGAGCUGCCGCAGGUGGCAGGGAACGUUGGGACGUGGGGGGGGGGGGGGUUGUGGUACGGCCGUGCAGAGACAGCAUGCCGAUGAAACUCGCUCCCUUCCAGCCGACGCUAUGCUGCCUCCUGGCGCUUCUCGUCCAUGCGAAUGGGGCCGCGUCGUCCUCCAUCGCCAAGGACUUCUGCGUCGUGGGCGCCGGGCCAUCCGGCCUGCAGAUGGGCUACUACCUCGAGCAGUCCCGGCGAGAUUACGUCAUCCUGGAGAGAAGCGGUGCCCCGGGCCACUUCUUCGCCGUGUACCCGCGGCACCGCAAGCUCAUCAGCAUCAACAAGCGGCACACGGGCAAGCGCAACAAAGAGUUCAACCUUCGCCACGACUGGAACUCCCUGCUGAGCCACGACGAGACGAUGCUCUUCCGGCACUAUUCCCGAGACUUUUUCCCGCACGCCGACGACAUGGUGCGAUACCUGAGCGAUUACGCCAAGCGGUUCCGCCUGAAUGUGCGCUACAACACGAACGUGACCGAGAUUAGGGCCACGGCAGACAGCAGCGCAUGGAACGGACACCGCUUUGUCCUCGGGGACCAGAGUGGCAACGAGUGGCGGUGCCAGGUUUUGUUGGUGGCCACGGGCAUGUGGCUGCCCAGAGUUCCCCGGUUCAUCGGCUCGGAGCUGGUGGAGGGCUACGAGAACGUGUCGGUGAACCCGAGUGACUUCGAGGGCCAGAGCGUGCUGAUCCUGGGCCGUGGGAACUCCGCGUUCGAGACGGCCGACAACAUCAUGGGCUCCACCAACCUCGUGCACAUGCUGGGCCGAUCCCACCUUCGCCUCUCCUGGGCCACGCACUACGUCGGAGACCUCAGAGCCAUCAACAAUGGCCUGCUGGACACGUACCAACUCAAGUCCCUCGACGGUUUGCUGGAGGCGCCCAUGGAGGCCAUGGCGGUGGUGCGCAAUCGACAGGGGAAACUGCGCAUUCUGUUGCACGACACGGACGGGAGGAAGACGCUGACGAAUGGCGGCAACUCGAAAAUCAUUGACCCCAGCAAGAACAAGGACAACUUCUCCCUCCGCGAGCCGUACGACCGCAUCGUCCGCUGCCUGGGCUUUGAAUUUGACUUCUCGAUCUUUCACAGCUCGACAAAGACCAAAGCUGGAUCAGGUCAGAAGAAAAAAUACCCAAAGAUAAAGGCAGACUACGAAUCGCCCACCACGAGAGGGAUGUUCUUCAUUGGCACGAUCAGCCACUCGGUAGACCACAGAAAGUCAGCCGGCGGCUUCAUCCACGGCUUCCGCUACACAGCCAGAGCCGUGUUCCGCUCGAUGGAGUGGCGGUACCACGGGUUGCCCUGGCCGUCGCAGACUCUGCCGUCCUCGCUGCUGCUCGCCACGGUCGCGCGGCGGAUUAACGAGGCAUCGGGGCCCUACCAGAUGUUCGGCGUGCUGGGGGACAUCGCCCUGCUCAAACGGGAUGGCGCCGAGUUUGAGUAUCUGGAGGAGUACCCCAUCGCGGCCCUGCCGGCGCUGACCGCGAACACGGGCAAGUCGGCGGAGGGCGGCCUGCUGGUCGUCAACAUGGAGUACGGCAAGAACUUCUCGGGCCCCGGGGAGGACGUGUUCCGCACGAACCGCGCCGUCGGGGCGCCCCUCGACGCCUGGCGCUCCAACUUCCUCCACCCCGUCAUCUACUACUACGAGCGGCUGCCCACCGAGUCGGAAAUGAGGAGGAGGCCCAAGAAGUGGCCGCUCCCUCGGCCGGACGCCAUCCACCACAUGGUCGAGGACUUCCUCACCGACUGGAGCGCUCCCAACACUCAUUUGCUGCCACUGCGCCGAUUCCUGGAGGCCUGCCUGCACAGAGACCUACGCCACCACUUUGCGGAGUCGUGCUUCAAGAUGGCCUUGACGAGUCAGCAGUCGCCGCUCUCCUGCCAGCAGGGCUACUCGGAGGGGCGCUCACUGGCCGCCGACGACCUCGUGUAGCACUGCCCCCGCUCCACAGACAUCUGGCGGUUUGUUUUUACCCACAGCUGGGGGGUCAUGCCAUGGCGAGCACUUGGAACGGUUGCGGGACAGGGCUCAUCGGAUGACAAAUCCGCCAAUUUGGCCAGGAUACGGAAUUUUGGAUGAGCCAAAACAAAUAAAACGUGGCGCCACGUUGCAUUGGGUGACAUCGUCGUCGGCGACGCGAAGACAUUUUAAAUUAGUUACACGAUGGAAAUAAUUUGUAAAUGUGAUUUUUUUUUUUUUUUUUUACAAUUUCCCUUAUAAAUCUGAAACGUUUAUAACUCGCCAAACUCAUUCUUCGUCUACAACCGUUAUUUCCAAGCGGUACAAUCUGUGCGCGGGUGCCCCUUGCAUCACGGACGCAGUGGGACCCCCCUUCUCUCGACACAUAUAUUUUUUAUCUGCCGAUGAUCAAAUCAUCUUGAAGCCUUUUUAGGGUUUGACCCUGCUUUUACCACUCGAAUGGGGUAACCGCUGGUACAGACCAGGACACACGCCAGGCGUCGCUGUAGGCAAUCACCGAGGCAGCGGGCUGCACGGUUUGCCGGUGAGAUGGCAGUCCAGCAAUGGGCGCUCGGCACGCGUGGAGGCCGAAUGCAUUUCGUCUGCGGGUGGAUUUUGUUUAAAAAAAAUACCUUCUCUGAAUCUCGGCACUCGUAGGCGUGGUGGGUUUUCCUCCGGGUACUCCUCCGGUGUCGUCCCAUGUGAAAGCCAAUCGCUCACGAGUGGAAUUGGCCCAAACAUACCAAGUAGGACACUCCUGAAAUAAGGGUCUUGAGGCUUUUCCGGGUAAAUUAUUAUGAUUUGUAUUAUUGUAACGAAUCGAAGGCCUAUUUUUACUGUGUGUAGACUGAUUUUCUGGGGUCUCUGUUAGCUCAUUUUUGACACUCAUUUAUUUAUAUAAACGUUACUAUAUAUUAAAGUCCUGUUUGUAUAUACGUUACUUAUGUGUACAUAUAUGCUUUAAUCUAUACGUUGUUUUUUUAUUACAUAUUCUCUAACCCCCGAUCAUGUGUAUGCCAAGCUAAGAGAUGCAAUUGUAUGCUGAUGCCGUCUGAAAACCAAAUUGUAUGCACGUGGUAAUAAACGUUUGCCUGCGUGCCUGA